AAUCCGAUUUAAUAUUAUUCAUUAAUUUCUUAUUUAUUUUCAUUUUUUUUUGGCAGAAGUUUGGGAAUAUGAAAGUUUUAAAUUAUGAUUGCGAUACACUAUUAACAAGAAUGCCUGAUAUCUCUAAUCUCCCAAAUUUAGAACAAUUUUCAAUUCAAGAUUGUACUAGUUUAAUUACAAUUGAUGAAUCUAUUGGCUUUUUGAGUAAACUUAAAAUCUUGAGAUUGAUAGGUUGCCAUAACCUCCACAGUGUUCCACCACUCAAUUCAGCUUCACUGGUAGAACUCAAUCUUUCACACUGUCAUAGUCUAGAAAGUUUUCCUCUCGUGGUGAGUGGAUUUCUUGGAGAACUUAAAAUCUUGAGGGUUAUAGGUUGCAGCAAAAUCAGACUUAUUCAAUCUCUCGUGUUACCUUCUCUAGAAGAACUCGAUCUUUUAGAUUGUACUAGUCUUGACAGUUUUUCAAAUAUGGUGUUUGGUGAUAAGCUUAAAACCAUGAGUUUUAGAGGUUGCUACGAGUUAAGGAGUAUUCCACCUCUCAAGUUGGAUUCACUUGAAAAACUUUACCUAUCAUAUUGUCCCAAUCUCGUGAGUAUAUCACCUCUCAAGUUGGAUUCACUAGAAAAACUUGUCCUUUCAAAUUGUUAUAAGCUCGAGAGCUUCCCAAGCGUGGUGGAUGGGUUGUUGGAUAAACUUAAAACCCUGUUUGUUAAAAAUUGUCACAAUCUCAGGAGUAUUCCAGCUCUCAAGUUGGAUUCACUUGAAAACCUUGACCUAUCACAUUGUCGCAAUCUCGUGAGUAUCUCACCUCUCAAGUUGGAUUCACUAGAAAAACUUUGCCUUUCAAAUUGUUAUAAGCUCGAGAGCUUCCCAAGCGUGGUGGAUGGGUUUCUUGGAAAACUUAAAACCCUGUUUGUUCGAAAUUGUCACAAUCUUAGGAGUAUUCCAGUUCUCAAGUUGGAUUCACUUGAAAAACGUGACCUAUCACAUUGUCGCAAUCUCGUGAGUAUAUCACCUCUCAAGUUGGAUUCACUAGAAAGACUUGUCCUUUCAAAUUGUUAUAAGCUCGAGAGCUUCCCAAGCGUGGUGGAUGGGUUUCUUGGAAAACUUAAAACCCUGUUUGUUAAAAAUUGUCACAAUCUUAGGAGUAUUCCAGCUCUCAAGUUGGAUUCACUUGAAAAUUUUGACCUAUCACAUUGUCACAAUCUUGUGAGUAUUUCACCUCUCAAGUUGGAUUCACUUGAAAAUUUUGACCUAUCACAUUGUCACAAUCUUGUGAGUAUUUCACCUCUCAAGUUGGAUUCACUAGAAAAGCUUGUCCUUUCAAAUUGUUAUAAGCUCGAGAGCUUUCCAAGCGUGGUGGAUGGGUUGUUGGAUAAACUUAAAACCCUGUUUGUUAAAAAUUGUCACAAUCUCAGGAGUAUUCCAGCUCUCAAGUUGGAUUCACUUGAAAAACUUGACCUAUCACAUUGUCACAAACUUGUGAGUAUUUCACCUCUCAAGUUGGAUUCACUAGAAAAACUUGUCCUUUCAAAUUGUUAUAAGCUCGAGAGCUUUCCAAGCGUGGUGGAUGGGUUGUUGGAUAAACUUAAAACCCUGUUUGUUAAAAAUUGUCACAAUCUCAGGAGUAUUCCAGCUCUCAAGUUGGAUUCACUUGAAAAACUUGACCUAUUACAUUGUCACAAUCUUGUGAGUAUUUCACCUCUCAAGUUGGAUUCACUAGAAAAACUUGUCCUUUCAAAUUGUUAUAAGCUCGAGAGCUUUCCAAGCGUGGUGGAUGGGUUGUUGAAUAAACUUAAAACCCUGUUUGUUAAAAAUUGUCACAAUCUCAGGAAUAUUCCAGCUCUCAAGUUGGAUUCACUUGAAAAACUUGACCUUUCAGAUUGUUAUAAGCUCGAGAGCUUUCCAAGUGUGGUGGAUGGGUUGUUGGAUAAAUUGAAAUUCUUGAAUAUUGUAAACUGCAUCAUGCUUAGGAAUAUCCCACGGCUCAGCCUGACUUCGUUGGAACAUUUCAAUCUUUCAUGUUGUUAUAGGCUUGAGAGUUUUCCAGAAAUAUUGGGAGAGAUGAGAAAUAUACCAAGACUCCACUUGGAUGAAACUCCCAUAAAAGAAUUUCCAUUUCAAUUUCAAACUCUUACUCAGCCUCAAAGAUUUGUUUCAUGUGACUGUGGAUAUGGCCGCUUACCAAAUAGAGAUGUUGUGAUGUCAGAAUCGGCUGAACUUACCAUCAAGGCUGAAGAAAAAAUGAACCAAAUGCAAUCUUCACAUGUAAAGUAUAUUUGUGUCAGGAACUGCAAACUUUCAGAUGAAUAUCUGUCAAUAAGUCUCAUGUUGUUUGCUAAUGUGAAAGAACUACACAUAACUAACUGUCAAUUCACAGUUAUUCCUAAAUCUAUUGAAAAAUGUCAAUUUUUAUGGAAAAUCGUCUUGGAUGAUUGUAAGGAACUUAUGGAAAUGAAAGGGAUUCCUCCAUGCUUAAGAGAGUUAUCUGCACUAAACUGCAUAUUGACUUCGUCGUGCAAAAGCAAAUUACUAAAUCAGAAAUUACAUGAGGCUGGAAAUACUCGGUUUCGUUUGCCACGUGCAAAGAUUCCAGAGUGGUUCGACCACCAAUGCGAGGCAGGAAAGUCAAUUUCUUUCUGGUUUUGUGGCAAGUUUCCUGCCAUAGCUCUCUGUGUUGUUUCUCCACUUACAUGGGGUAAUUCUUCUGAACACCUUGUAAGAGUGAUCAUCAACGGAAAUACAUUUUUCUAUACACAUGGGUGGCAGCGUGUUAUGGGAACUCAGCCGGACAUGUAUCAUUUGCAUCUUUUUCAUAUGCAAAUGGAAUACUUCAAUGAUAAUAUGGACAAGGCACUUUUAGAAAAUAAAUGGAACCAUGCAGAGGUUGACUUUGGAUUCCCAUUCAUGUUUAGUGGAAUCCAUGUAUUGAAAGAGAAAAGUAGCAUGAAAGAUAUUCGAUUCACCAACCCAGAGAAUGAUGCUAACACUGUUCACUUGGGAUUAAGUCAUGCUACCAGAGCCCUUUAACUUGUCAACAGAACUUUCAUUAACUUCCAAUGAAUUGAACCGUUGCUGAACAACUUACAUUUGAGUUCAUCUUCCAAAAGACAGUUUUCUCAAGAAUGUUGCUAACCAGACUGAGCAAAUUCAGUGCUUUUCAACAUCUGAAAACUUCCUAGAAAACCAAGAAAGUGAAGCACACGGUAGAAAGAAUGUACACUGUGUUGGAACAAAAUGUGUUUCACAAUAAACCUUAAUGAAUUUUGAUGAUAACAACAUAUUAAAAAUUGUCAAUUGGUUAUUGCUAACAAUUGUUCAAGUGUACAGGA